AAAAUUAGUCAGAAUACAGGUAUAUAUGUGUGAUACAUGUGGAGUAUUGUAUUUGUAUGCACUAAUCCAUAGGCUGCCGACAAGUUUCAAUACAACCACCACAGUUUUCUCAGUAUCGUUGGAUUUUAGUCUCAUUUUGACAGUGCCGCUUCUUUUCUUCCUUUCUCUUCUACUGUUCCGUGUACAAACAGUUCACUUCAAUCACUUUCUUUAUUUUUUUCCCUUUAACUUUAGCUUGAAUUCAAAACAAAAGCAGGGAAAUUUAACACCACCACCUUGAUUCACGAGCUCGGUUUUGAACAGAUCUUGGAUUUCACGGAUUCCACGGAAAAUCGUUGUCUGACUUUUGUUUGUAAAGUCUCCUUGGAUUCCGGUAUUGUGUGGAAAAAGUUGGUUGCUUUAUUGGAAUCUGGUCAUAAAUGGAGAAAGGGUCUUGCUUUCUUCUAAGUUUGGAGUUAUAGGUUGUGGGAGUAUUUCAGUAAACGGUCUUCUUGCAGGGUUUCAUCUCCUGACUCUGGUAGGAACUAUUGUUAUUGCUGCUCUUUUGGGUUUGGGAUCUGUAGAUUUUACCUGACUUUAGCACUGGAGUCUGGUUUUCCAAGCAAUUCAUGUGAAAGGUUUCAAAUUGGUUCUGAAAUCUUGUUAUUGUUAUGGAUUCUCCACAAUCUGUUGUGUCUCCAUUUAAGUCCUCUCUCGUCGCUGAGCCGGAGAGGCAGAAGUCAGAUUUCUUCAGGACGACUACUAACUUGUCGAAGGGAAUUGACGCCCCUAGAAAGGAAGCCAUGGUUACUGGUCUGGAGGAUUUCAUUGGUGUUCUUCAUGUUCAUGUCCAUCAAGCUAGGGACAUCCACAACAUCUGUAUAUAUCACAAGCAAGAUGUUUAUGCCAAGCUGUGCCUAACAAGUGAUCCAGAAAAUGCAGUCUCCACAAAGAUUAUCAAUGGUGGUGGUAGGAAUCCAGUCUUCAAUGAUAAUGUUCGACUGGACGUGAAAACUGUCGACUCCUUCCUCAAAUGUGAGAUUUACAUGAUGAGCCGGGUGAGGAAUUACCUCGAAGACCAGCUGCUGGGUUUUGCUUUGGUGCCAUUAUCUGAUGUGGUGAUCAAGGAUGGAAAGUUGGAGAAAGAAUUCUCUCUUUCAUCAACUGAUUUGUUCCACUCUCCUGCUGGUUUUGUUCAGCUGUCUCUUGCAUAUAAUGGUGCAUCACCAGAAGUAAUGGAAAUUACUUCAUUGCCAAGAGCUGUGGCAAACAAUGAAACUAUGCAGGACACCGAGAUAGCAAAAUCGCUUCCUUGUGAAUAUGAGAAUAUUGAAUUCCCAGAUCCGAAGGUUGUGAAUGAAAACCAGAUGAUGGUUUCUGAGUAUUUUGGGAUCCCAUGUACAAAUUUGGACUCAGAGAGCUCUGAGAGCCUGGUCAUUUCUGAUGCUGAGAACCAUCUUAGUUCAGAAGUGGGUGCUCUUGUGCUUGAAAGCUUUUCAGCUGCUACUACCGACUCAAUCCAGGCUCCAAAGCUCGAUUCUUCUCCAGGCAGUGUGUCAACAAAUGGGGUUUCUUCUCCUUCUGCUGCAGCAAGCUCCGAGUCCUCAGAUACUCCAGCAGCAGCAGCUUCAAAAUCCCCAGCUCGGGAGCACAUUUCAGGUCCGAAAGAGAAAACAAUGGAUGCUGGAGAUGUUGAGUGUAAUUCCUCCAAUGGAGUGGUGGCAGCAGAGAAAAUUCAAAAGCCUGUUAUUACUGUCAAUAUGGAGCCUGAGCAGAAUGUGGUGCAGCAGGACAUAGUGGACAUGUACAUGAAAAGCAUGCAGCAAUUUACUGAGUCAUUGGCCAAGAUGAAACUUCCUUUAGACAUUGACAGUGGACCAGCAAGUUCCAGGGAUUCAAGCUCUGACCAGAAAUCACAGGGAUCAAAAACUCCCGGUUCUCGUGUGUUUUACGGGAGCAGUGCUUUCUUCUGAUGGUUUUUUUUCCCAUCACUGGUUUAAGAGGAAGACACCCAGGUGACCUUAGAUUGUAGAUCAAGACUAAUGCUAAUAAUGUACUGCUAUCUUGCAAUGUGGUUCUUUGUUUACAUGUUGAGAAUGUUUAGAUGUGGGGAGGGAAAACCAUGACUUAAAUGGUAUCUUUGUUCUAUUGCCAUUACUGUUAGCAAAGAUGAGACCUUUCUGCUUUUAUAAAUUUCUUUCUUGUUGCUGGU